AUGUUUACAACCCGAUUCUUAGUGGCUAUUGUCAUAGUCUUGAUUGGCUUUGCCAAUUGUGCCCGAAUUUUUCCAACAUAUAGUUCAGAUUUAUUACUGGAUAACGAACGUUUGAAUGAACUUAUGAAGGAUAACCAUGGCUGUGAUGCAGUCGUAAACAGUUGUGGAAAUAAGGGAUUAUGUUGCGAUAUCCACGAUGCUUGUUACAAGACACACGGCUGUACAGCGGCCAGUUGGGUCCUCUUAUGGGGCAAUUGUGCAACAUGCAACAAAAAUGUCAUGUCUUGUGUGGCCUUCAGAAAUCCAGGCAAAAGUACUUGUUGUUCACAAGGAAAUUGCGGUAAACCACGACCAUGA